AUGACUUUUGGGGCGAAAGUCGAUGUAGCGUCUAGAACCUUUGGUUUGACAAACUCAGUAAGUGGGAUAAUUGGAUUAAAAAAAGUGAAAAAGAAAGAAGAACGAGAAAAAGAAGUGAAGAAUGAAUUCUAUGCGUUACUUUUAAUUGUAGUCUGUAAUUUGGCAACAAAACACAGAAAACUUUAG